AGGUCUUGGUUAUAUGAGAGCUUUUCCAUAUGAAAGAAUAAUGCGAGACACCAGAAUAAUGAUGAUAUUUGAGGUAAUUUAUCAGUCUUGGUAGUUGAUUGCAAAACUCAGUAAAGGCCUUCAAGGUUGAUGCUAUAUUUUGUUUGUGUUGUGUAUUUUUGCAGGGUACGAAUGAGAUUCUUCGAAUGUACAUUGCUCUAACUGGAAUGCAGUACGCCGGAAAGAAACUGUCUCAUCUUGUAAAGUAGGUUGCGAAACUCACUUGAAAUUCAAUCUUAAUACACCUUUUCGAUAAUUACGUCAUGAAUACGUUCUUGGCCCGGAGCCUCAUUUUCAUGAAUCGUGAGCCAAUCGCAUUCCGUCUUGAUUCACGAGAGCGAGGCUCCCAGACCAAGAACGUAUUCAUUACGUAAUUAUCGUAAGGGGUAUUCCGUCUAAACUGUUCUCCUAACCAUGAUCUCCCUAUGCAGUAACCAUUUCUUAUUGGUUUUGGCGGUAUUGGUUUUGACACUAUUCGGGUGUGCCAUUAUUACAGGAUAACAAAAAUCAUACCGGUGACAUGGCCAUCAUUAGUUUAAUUUUUUUUAAACUGCAAGGAAAGUUCGCAAACGAGGAGGAAAAGCAAUGUUUGUGCGCACAAAAUAGCAUAUAGAUGAUUUAUUAACAUGUUAGAACAUUAAUAUUUAGCUAAAAUAAUGUUUGGGUUAUUGGGUGUCAACUACACAGCACACAUUUGCUAAAAACAUUGUAACAAUAUGCGGGUAUACCGGUAUAUCGUAAUAAAUCUCAAUACUUCUACACCACAAUGGCGAUGGAGUCACUUGCAGAAAUUUCAGUGGCGAAGCUAGCCAUAGCAACAUGUCAUGCUAUGCAAAUUUUUAAUGAUUUCGAUUAUUCAAACCUUUAGAAAUGUAUUGUCUUUAACCUAUUUAGAUGUAGGUUAUUAGCAUAGCAUGACCAGUUGCCAUGGCUAAAUUCGCCACGGAGAAAUUUACAUCAUUAUUUUAUUGCGUGCUAUAUAUUUAGCAACCAUUUGGUACCUAACAUUAGUGUUACCACAGAGAAAAAAGAACCAGUAAUCACUAAUAUUGUCUUGUUCUGUCAGAGCUUUGAAAAAUCCACUUGCAAACCGUGGUGUGCUGGCGGAGACGAUAUUAAAGCGAGUCAAGUAUUCGGUCGGGAUGAAAGGAAAUAUAAAUAUUUCUGAUUUCGUACAUCCUACGUUGAAGGUAUACAUCAUUACAUCAAUUACCUGAAUAAAUGCAUUAAUUAGCAAUCAUUCUUCUUAGACCACCCUACGCAAUAUUUACUUGGUUCUUGUGUGAAAUAAAGUGCAUAUUUUGUUCUUAUUGACUUCAGAUUAACCAUCCUCAGAGAUACGAAAAACUAGUUUCAUAUUAAUCUGAUGUGAAACUAUUUUUAUUUUUUAUUUAUAUGAUAUGAGACUAGUUUGUUCUUAUUGAGGUUGUUACAAUUACGAAUUUUCGGCAUGAACUACUUUUUUCUAAUAAAAUCCUCUCUUUAAGAGACGCUUGCUCUAAUAACCGCCUCCCUAGAACAAAUUAUCUUCUCGAAUAAACGCUAUUCCCUAAUAGAACCCUUUCAUCCCUUUCUAAUAAAUGCCAUUCUUUAAUGGAUUCCCCCCUAAUAAACGUUUUCUGUAAUAAACACCAUACUCUAAUAGACCUCUCACUAAUAAUCUCUCUUCUCUAAUUAACGCUCCUCUCUAAUAAACGCUCGUCUCUGCCAAUCGUUUCUCUCCACUAAUUGCUCCUUUCGAGUAUUACUAAACGCUUCUUUCUAAUAAACGCUUCUUUCUAAUAAGCGCUCCUCCCUAAUAAGCGCUCCUCCCUCUCUAAUUAUUCUUUAAAAACCUGUUCUCUAAUAAACUCCCUCUGUAAUAAGCACCAUUAUCAAAUAACCACCCCCCCCCCCCCUAAUAUGCGCCUAUUUCCAAUAAACGCUCCUCUGUAAUAAACACUUCUUUCUAUUAAAAAACGCUUCCAGCAAACGCUUCUAUCUAACAAACUCUAAUAAAUUUGCUCUCUAAUAAACGCCAUCCUCUAAUGAAUGCUCCUGUAAUGCGCGGUAUACUCUAAUGGACUGCCUCUAUGAUAAAUGCCUCUUUCCAAUAAACUCCCUCGCCAAUAUAAGCCGUUAUCUAAUAAACUACCUCUCUAAGACACGUUUCACUCUAAUUAACGCCCAUCUGCAACGCAUCCCCUCUCUAAUAAACCCUUUACUCUAAUUGCCAUUUAUAACAAACGCCAACUUUUUGUCUAAAGUUUUUCAGUCUAAUAUUUUAUAAGUUGAAAUUCUGAUUGAUUUAUUUGUAGAAAAGUGCGACAAAACUGGAAGAAAAUGUCGUCGACUUUGGUGUGAUGUCAGAAAAACUACUCAGGAAAUAUAAAAAGGCAUGUUUCCAAAUUUAGGAGGCACUUGCUUGAUACAGUAAUUCUCUAAUAUGUCUGUUUGCACAUGGUGUAGUUAACCAUUGAAUCCAACAAAUCAAAUUUAAUUCAAUUUUCAUUUAAUGUCAUUCAACAAUUUAAAUUUGUGCACCUAGAUAACUUGAUAAUAUUGUACAUAACUUAAAUAGAUAACUAUAUUUAACAAGAGUAUGAAGAAUACUAACUAAAAAAGGUGUCAAAAGUGGCGAAAUACAAACGGGACUAGAUCCCAUGCAAGGUGCUCACCACCAGUUGAGAUAGUUUAGAAGAGCAAGAAAAGUAUUGAAUAGAAAAAUGGAAGGUGGAUAGAAAGCUAGAAGCACAUACAAGAUGAAGUGGUAGAAUGAGUGAAUUGGAAAGUCAGAAGUGUAGGCAGUAGGAGUUAGGUGGAGAUAAGCAUGUAAUGGUGGAGGGAGUGUUGUAGCAGUUAGAAGGAGCAGAUUUCCACACAUUUUCAGAUUUCCACACAUUAGCAGUUAGAAGGAGCAGAUUUCCACAGUUUUACAAUUCUUACGAAGUAACAACUUUGAAAUGUACUUGCAGUACGCAGGUUCACCCGCAGAAAACCUCAAAGCACAAGAAAGAACCUACCACAAGUCUACUUAUAUGAGUGUUCAAGCAUGGGGCCUUUCUCCUGCCAUGUGACCAGGCCCAUGUUUGGGUACCAAGCGAGUGAUUUAGCGAAGUAAAUCCUACUCAUAAACAAUAGAACUACAGUGUGUUUCUCUUUCGGCAAUAGACGGCAACAACAAAUGAGUAAAUUUAGUACACUGUUUUUUCUAGAAUAUCGUUGAUCAACAGCUGCUUUUAAAACGAUUGUCUAAUGUAAUCAUCAAUAUAUUUGGUAUGACAGCCGUGUUGUCAAGGGCAACGAGAACGAUGGCGAAAGAAGAUUUGAAUGCUGAUUAUGAAGUAAGCAAAUAUAAAAAGUGAAAAUAAUUGUCCCCAGCACUACCAACGCUACAGCCAUCAUCAUUAACAUCACAACGAUCAUGAUUAGUAUGACCAAUACUGUCGUUAAAACCAUAAUCACCAUCACUAUGAUCACCAGCAUUGUGACCACCAACACCAUAAUUUCCAUCUUUAUCAUGCUGAUUUGAAAUACCUAUUUAGCAAGAUUGGGAUUUCUUUAGACCACAUUUGUAAAUUUUGCUGUGCAUUUUUUCCCUAUUAGGUUUUACUGGCUAAUACGUUUUGUCAGGAGGCCUAUCAUCGCAACAAGACUGCUCUUGGUGAAAUUAAGAAAGGUAUGUAUUUGUGUUAUAUUAUUGCAGUCAUCGUCAUAAUAGUUUUCGAAACAUCAUGGCACCAUCAUUACCGCUAUCAAAUUCAUCACUAUCUUUAUUAUCACCAUCAAUGAUAAUCACAACAACCAUCAACAUUACCGUCUGAUGAUAGUAAACUAAAUUGUUGUCACCAUAGAGUUCCACUACUACCGUGAUCAUCACCAUGAUCAUCACCGCUAUCAUUACCAUCAUCAUCACCACCAUAAUAACCAUCAUUGUUCUUAUCACACCGUCGCCAUUACUAUCACCACCAAACAUAAUCCAUCAUAAUAACCCUAUCACCAUACCAUCAAAUAAUCAUUAUCACCAUCGUAAUAACAAUACUGACAUAACCAUCAUAACAAGAUGUCACAAUAUCCUGGUGUUUUCAAUUACCCAAGGAACGCUAAGGAAUGGAGACUCGAAUCUUGAAAAGAUUGCUGCUGGUGUUUUUGAAAGAAAUUCUCAAGUGCCUCGUCACCCUCUGAGUCUCUAAAACCGUGAGUGAUGUAAUCUUUCUUACCAAAUAAGAUUAAAUCCAGUUGAACAAAUACACGAACCGCGUACGCCACGCAGAUAUACUGGGAUUUUCGAAAUUCUAUAUUUAUUCUAGCAAAAAUUCUAAGGGAAUAACGAACAUUUUAAUAGAACGUAAAUUCUGGACACUCUGUUAAUUUUUUAACAGAAUACGUUGCAGACAUUUGCAUGUAACCGAAUAAAUAUUUCAAAAUGUGUUUACCUGCAAAGAUAGUUUACGAAUUACAAAAUAGAAAAUGUUGGAUUUUUUAUCAGAUAUAUAACCACCGACAUGCACGGUAGUGAUUUCUUUUGUCUUUUCUUUAUUAAUUAUUAAUGAGCUUUUUAAGUAUAUUUAUUAUACAUUGUAUAGUCACUACGCGUCUUCUGAUCGGCCAAUAGCUUACAGCUAAAUAUGGAAAUCACGCCACCUACGCACAUAACAGUGUCAUCUCCUAGCAAAUAACUCUGUAAUUAUGGGUAGGUUGAGCCAGUGGUAUGUAAUUUUAUGGCAAGCCGCAGUAAUAAACAGAAAAAACCCCAACAUUUUGUGAAUGUUUUUGUCCAAAAAGCAGACCUUUUUGACAUUUUAUCGGAACUUCAGCAGGUAAAUGAGUUUGUAGUUCACUCAUGAGUCUUGUUUCACCAUUCAUAGGCUUUUUGAGUUAUCGUGCAGAAAAAACAUCGGGGAAAAAAUAGACCCAGAGACAAAGGCACGUACAGGCUUUUAGCUGAGCCUGAGGUAAAAAUAAUUGUUAAAUUAUUGUUUUCUUGUUGCCAGAAAACAUUUCACUACCAAGAUUUAUGGCAUCUCGUGCGAUAUAACUGAAUGUAGAUGGGAUUUUUGUAGAUGGAAUUUUCAAACGAAAAUGUUUACACCAUUUAGACCUAACCGGGAGCAUGCAGCUGCAAAAUCCGGAAUCGCAGGGCCGCAAGUUCGAUUCCUGCCGGUUCAAGGGCCUAAAGUAUAUAAAAAAUUUUGUUUGAAAAUUCCAUCCACAAAAAUCCAAUCUACAUUCAAUAUUGUAUUAUUCAUUACUGAAAUUAGAUCUUUUUUGAAUAAAACGAAAUUUUGAUUUUUAAAAGUGAUUAUUUACGUCGUACGUAUAGCUUUAACAAAUUCUUGUCGAACUGUACAUGUUAUUUAAAUACGCGAAUAUUAAUGAGUUAAAGAAGAAGACGUUGAAAUUGGAAGUAAUUUAUUAUUACAUUUGUGCUUUAAUAUUACAGUAUAGUCACAGCGUAGAUUUUAAAAAUUAAUUAUAAUUGUCACAAUUGUGAUCAUAAAAUUCAAAAACUGCAUGCUUUUGUACAGUGGUUUAUAGUAAAAUGCACGGUAAUAUAAAUAAAACUUAUAGAAUGUAUUAGUAACAUUCCUUUAGGCUUCAUGCAGCAACAAUAAUAUUUUUACAGUAUUCUUACAUUACAAUUAUAACAUAGUUAUAUAUGGUGUAUAGUUUCACUAUAACAAUAUUUAAAAAUGUAUCUGCACUGUCUGUUUUAUUGUGAGUCUUACUGGGUCUCUUCACAUUAUGCCAAUUAAAUUAUGAAUAUGAUUGCUUUUCAUAAUUACGAAGCCAUGC